AACUGGCUCAUCUUGAACGAGCCUAUCGUCUCGAACGAGCCUAGUUCCUUCGUCUCAGAUUGAAACUCUUAUUCUGAAAAUAUGUGCUGUAAAUCCAUUCGGACAGUUCUUUUAUUUUGAAAAGUCUCCCGGAUGUUUAUGUCCCCAGUCUCCGCCUGACGCGCAGCGCUCAGCUGUUAGUUUAGUUUAGUUUAGUUGUAAACAUGUCUCAGUAAACCGGUACUUUACCGGUAGUUUACCGGGUUAACGGACAGUUUGUCGCCAUGGAGACGUUCAGUAAGCUGAGCAGCAUGCUGUUGCACGCGCUGGAGACGAGGGAGCCGACAGUCGACCUGUUGGAGUCUUUCGUCGAUCAUUGGAAAGCAGUAACCAGUUAUUACAUCCAGACCACAGAUGACAGUCGUCCUGUCAGACAGACAGAGAUCCCGUGGCGUCUCAGACAGAUGUUGGACAUCCUGGUUUACGAGGAGAAGCAGCAGCCAGCGGUGGAGGAGACCGGAGCCUGUCUGGAGUAUCUGCUGCAACACAAACUGCUGGAGACGCUUUGCACUCUGGGAAAAGCUCAGUACCCCCCAGGAAUGGUGCAGCAGGUGCUUCUCUUCUUCUCUAAGUUCCUGUCUCAGAUGCAGAAGCCUCUGCUGCAGCUCGUCAGCGUCUACAAACCUGUUCAGAAGCUGAUUCGUCUCUGUGCACUUCCUGGUUCCCUGACAGAGAAGGAGGAAGCUCAGUUCUUAUUGGCCGUCUGCUCCAGAGUGAAACAGGAUCCGCACGCGCUCAGAUACGUCUUAGAGUUUGUGGACCAACCAGCAGCCAGGACACCAGCCUCUGACCAAUCACAGCCCUGCAUACAGGCCUCCAAUCACAGCACAGAGUCACAGGAAUCAUCUCCCUGCAGCCCAGUCCAAUCAGAGAGGGGCCUGCUAUCGGUUCUGCUGCAGCUCACCAACAGUCAGAGGCGGGUGGUGUGUCUGACGGCCCACGAGUGUCUCCUGCUGCUGGCUUCUCUUCAGUCAGACUCUUCAGGGGAGUUUCUGUCUCAUCACACCCAGCUAGGAGAGCUGCUGGCUGGGAGGCUGCAGCAGCUUUACUCCCUGCUGCCUCUGGAGGGGCUCGAUCCUGCAGAGCUGCAGAACUGGACACGCACACCCUGGAGCGCUGAUCUGCAGUCAGAGGCGCCAGCUUCUGAUCACAUGACCAGCUUCUUCUCCUGGUUGGACUUCCUGGAUCAGCUUAUGAGAGAAGCCCCUCAGGUGUUAGCAGUGAAGCUAGCUCAGUGUGUUCAUCAGCUCUGGUUGUUGGACGUUCUUCAGCCUCAACUGCUGCACACGUGUGAGCAGCAGGUGCUGGUCUCCACCUCGGUCCUGUGUGCGACUGUCAGACUGGUCACUUCCUGUUCUCUGCUGGAUCAGCUGGUUGACUUCCUGCUGAGGACGCCCUCGCUGACGGAGCUGCUGCUGCAGCGCUGCGACCACAUCUCAGACCAGGUGAGACCACAUCUCAGACCACAUCUCAGACCAGGUGAGACCACAUCUCAGACCACAUCUCAGACCAGUGGUCUGGAGGAGGACCCGUUCUUCUCUGACAGCUUGUCGUUGUCAGACAGUCAGCUUCCUCCUCCCUCUGGUCUGGGAUCAGCUGCUGACGUCGUCAACAGCUUUCUGUGUUUAGUUCCUGUUCAGGUUCGAUCAGCUCAGCUGCUGCAGGAGGGAGGCUACGAGUCGUACGUCCACGAUGCUCACACACUGGUGACAGAGUGCCAGUCUCUCUCUCUGUCCUGGGAUUGGCCGAUCGCUCCCCCCCCUCCCUCCCCAGGUGUGGGGGGGGAGUUCUUCGAGGGUCAUCUGCUCAAAGUUCUGUUUGACCGGCUGGGACGCGUCCUGGAGCAGCCCUAUGAGGUCAACCUGAAGCUGACUGCUGUUCUGUCCCGACUGUCGGCCUUCAGCCACCCGCUGCUGCAGGAAUACCUGCUGGACCCCUACAUCAGCCUGUCUCCCUGCUCCAGGUCGCUCUUCUCUGUCCUCAUCAGGUUAAUAGGAGAGUUGAUGCAGAGGAUCCAGCCUGUUUCUAACCUGUCAGACAGACUGCUGAACGCCAGGAGACAUCUGCUGGGACUAAACCACAACACUGGACUGGAUCACCUGACUCUGCUGAGAGGACUCAUCGUGCUCGAGGAGUUUUGUAAGGAGCUCGCUGCCAUCGCCUUCGUCAAACUGCCGCUGGACGCCUGACCCACCUGACACACACCUGACCCCCUGACACACACCUGACCCCCUGACACACACCUGACCCCCUGACACACACCUGACCCACCUGACACACACCUGACCCCCUGACACACAC